AUGACCUCUAAGGACGACUCCAAAUGCCCAGCGGUGCUGGAGGAGCGGAGGCGCAGUCCUCUGGAUCACCUCCCGCCGCCGGCCAACUCCAACAAGCCGCUGACGCCUUUCAGCAUCGAGGACAUCCUCAACAAGCCGUCUGUGAGGAGAAACUACUCCCUGAGCGGAGCGGCGCACCACAUCUCCACCGGAGAGAAGCUGACCUCGGCGGGUCACAGCCUGUCCGGCCGCGCGCUGCUUAGUCAGACCUCCCCGCUGUGCGCGCUGGAGGAGCUGGCCAGCAAAACCUUCAAGGGCCUGGAGGUCAGCGUGCUGCAGGCUGCUGAGGGCCGAGACGGCCUGACGCUCUUCGGCCAGAGGAACACCCCCAAGAAGCGGCGAAAAUCCCGCACUGCGUUCACAAACCACCAGAUCUACGAGCUGGAGAAGCGCUUCCUCUAUCAGAAGUACCUGAGCCCGGCGGAUCGGGACCAGAUCGCGCAGCAGCUCGGGCUGACCAACGCGCAGGUUAUCACCUGGUUCCAGAACCGGCGGGCCAAGCUCAAGCGGGACUUGGAGGAGAUGAAAGCGGACGUAGAGUCUGCCAAAGUCGCGGGCACUGUGGCCUUUGAAAAGCUCUCCAAGCUGGCCGAGCUUGAGAAGUGCGCCGCCGGGGGUAUGAGCGGGGGGACUGUUCCCGCGCCGAGCCACACCGAAGCCGACACCGUGUCCUCCAGGUCCCACACAGACCCCACUGAGAACCUGGACUCAAGCAGAGCGCACACGUCGCCCCCUUCUCCCGCGUCGUCGUGGUACACAGACCGGCUGAGCAGCAAGUGCUGCUCGGAGGAUGAAGAUGAGGAGAUUGAUGUGGAUGAUUAA